AUGAAACCCCGAUGGAACUUUGUGGUAUCUAUCAUCUUGAUAGUACAGCUACAUGCAACUACACUUGAAGCAAAAGCCAUCAUCGAUCAGAAGGCCGAAGAAACACAGAACAUCAACGUACCAGGACCCCUGCUGAAGCGCGUUGGAUAUGAAUAUCCGGUUCCUGCCAGUCCCGUAACAUUUGACGAACAUCAGCAUAAUGAUGCAGCUUCGCUACCCCUGUUACACCAGGAAACACUCAUUGAACACCAGCACGAUCACGAAGAGCAUCACAGCUACGAAGAACACCAUCAUCAUGAAGAACACCAUGAUCCGGGAUAUUGGAAAAAGAAAUUGGUUUGGAAAGAAGGCUGGAAAAAAAUCUGGAAACCUGGCAAAAAGCAAAUUUGGAAACCGGAUUGGAAGAAAAUUUGGAAACCUAUCUGGGUUCCCACAGAGAUACCGGUGUGGAAGGACAUUCAGGUGCCGGCGUGGAAACAGAUUUGGAAGCCCGUGUGGAAAGAAGUACAGGUGCCAGCAUGGAAGGAAAUUCAAGUUCCAGAUUGGAAAAAAAUCUGGAAACCCAUAUGGGUUCCCAUAAAGGUACCCGCGUGGAAAGAGAUUCAAGUACCGGCGUGGAAACAGAUUUGGAAGCCAGUCUGGAAGGAAAUUCAAAUUCCAGACUGGAAGGACGUCCAAGUGCCAGCAUGGAAACAGUACUGGUAUCCGGAGUGGAUAAAAAUAGGCAUCCCAGGGGAAAAAUUUCUCGGUAAGGACCAUGAAGGAUGGGAGUAUACUAGCCACGAUCUGUGGAAGAAAAAGCUCGUCUGGAAAUCAGGUUGGAAGAAAAUAUGGAAAACAGAACAGAAACAAAUCUGGCGUACCGACAAAAAACUGGAAUGGAAGGCAGCGUGGAAGCAAAUCUGGCAUUCAGCUAAAAAACAAGUAUGGGUGGAAGACAAAAAGCUUGGUUGGAAAGAAGCUUGGAAACAAAUCUGGCGAACGGAGAAGAAACAAAUCUGGGUACCGGAGAAAAAGCUAGACUGGAAGGCCGCUUGGGUGCAAAUCUGGAAACCGAGUAAAAAACUAGUCUGGGUGCCAGACAAGAAGUUGGAAUGGAAGGAAGCGUGGAAGCAGAUCUGGGUUCCGGGAUGGAAGGAAAUCUGGUUGCCAGCUUGGAAGAAAAUCUGGAAACCAGUUUGGAUAUCUGAGUGGUUCCCAUCGCCCGAUCACCAUGAUCAACAUCAUCACGAAGAAAUUGAGCACGGCUGGGACCGCAAGGAUGCCGCACCGAACUCGAAGGUCCUGUUCAAGCGAAAUGAAUCUGGCGUAGCACAACCCAAAUCAGUUGAAGUCCAGCUGCCCGAAGUAUCCUCAAACAUCACACCAGCAGUUGUGAAAACUGACACGACAGAAAACAAAUCGGAACUCCGAUUUCCAUCCUGAUCUAACGAACUACAGUACUCAUAGCAUAUUCGAAUUCAAAGUCAUUUUAUU